UUAGUCAUUGUGUGUAUGUGUUAAACGUACAGGUCUCAAUUUAUGUAAUGCAGGGGAAAUUAAAACAGGAUAUCCUCAGAAUGUGACCCAAUAAGGGACCAGUACCUCCAGGUUAACGCAUACAUCAUUCAUUCUGUGUCCAGGGAUUGAAGGGUAAGAUCACACACUUGAUCUGUAACCAAUGAACUUUUAACCGAGUCAAUCACUUCAAACUGAAACCUCGAUAUAAUCUGUGAAAUCAAUACACCUCUCCCACCAGGUGAGAAUAAGGCAGAAAAAUCAGAUGAUAAAACCUCUUGGGAUUUUAUUCAGGCAGCACUUUGCAUUAAACGUCUUCUGCCCUUAAAAUAAGUUAUGUUAUAUAUAUAUAUGAAAUGUCUAAGGGGUUUCCACUGUUACAGUUCAGAAGUUUGGCCGCCUCAAACUGUUACCAAUAUUAUCAUCAUGACGUCUCCACUGAGGUUAAAUAUGAACAUCUUAUUGAUUCAGAUUUGAUAUUGUUUUGUUUUAUCGGAAAUGAACGGUGAAGCCGGAGCGGAUCUGACGUCAUACUUUCGGUUUCGUCACCUCUUCGAGCACAAGCCAGUCGAAUAGAGCAGCAAGUCCGAGACAUGUUCUUUAAAUGAAAUGUGGCUUGGCUCCUCAGUUAACGUCCGCCAGUCACCGGAUCAGUCUCUCAACCGGCCAAUGAAGUGAAUCGUCGUGUCUCUCUCCACAGAAGCGUUUAGCAGUGAAAGCAGCAGACUGUCCCGAGAUGGACUUCCCAGUGGAGGCGACGGUACAUCUGCACGUUUUCCGAGAUGAGACAAAGGUGCGAGAGCUCCUCAGGUCCCACGACUUCGUCGUGACGGAUCUGGACCGACAGCGGGUUUGUGUCAAGGGCUCGUUUUUGAAGCUCAAAGCUGCGAAGGCGCGAUUGGAGGAACUCCUAAACUCACAGAACCAGGCGGAGGCGGCGGCACAAUCCUCAUCCUCUCCAGUUUCCUCGGGAGCCAUUUCCAGAUACCGCACCGACAACAGCCCAGUGUCGGGUGGGGACAGAGGCAGGGCAGGAUCCAGGGACAAGCCCCCGCAAGCGUCCCCGUCCUCACCCGGCACCUCUGCAUCCUGGUCGAACACUUCCUAUGGUCAUUCAACCUCCUCAAAGUACAGAGCACCUCUUUCUCCAGGGGCGGAUCAGAGCGCUUCCUUCAGGCGUAGACAGGAGUCAUUUGUCGUUGAUGCAGAUGUGUUCAGGUACGCACGGCGGCUCAGGAAAAAAGACAUUGACACGAUCCUGGAGAACCACAAUGUUAAAAUAGAAGCGCGCGAAUUUGCCGACAGCUGUACGGUCACCUUACUGGGAAAGAGUGCAAGGACAGCCGCCGGUAAGCUGCAGAGCCUCCUGGACGAUCUCAGCAAAUCACUACGCACCCAGGAGGUUCCUCUGAAGGACAUGGACCGCGAAGGCCGGGCUCUUUUAAAGAGACCUCAGAGGGACAGCGCUUACAAUUCGGUGCUCGUGUGCGAGAUGAACGACAGACUUCGACUCAUCGGGUCGUCCGGCCAGACGUACGAGCUGAAGCAGAAGCUGCUCGGCGCGCCGGCCGGGCAGUCGCGGCGGGCGGCGGGGACCUUCGAGAAGGGCCCCGGGAGGAGGAGCAGCUCCCUGCCGCCAGCCAGCCGACGGAACCCCGGAAGAGAAGGAGGUGCCGCCGCUAAUCCAUCUCCGGUUGCAGGUUACUCUCCGUCAAAGUACCAGGACGACAGACAGGAAGGGGCCAAGCCCGAGCGGGAAGCCGGAGCCGGUGCCGCUCGAAGUGGAGCUCGAAGGAGACCAAAGGCCUCAAAAGGAGAAGAAAGGCCCGGUGGCUUCGUUCGAGAGACGGAGAACAAAAGCAAACCUCCUGGCUUCAAGGGGCUACUCGUUUGUACAAAGGACAUAAAACAAAUGUUCAAAGAUUUGAGGAAAUGAAAAAACGAGCAGAUGUCUUAGCUCACGAAAGUAAGCAGCACUUGACACAAGAAAAAGUGCACUUCACUGCAUUUCUUAACCAGAUGCUCUUCACAAGAAUCUCUCAGAAAGGUUUGAUCAAGCGAUAUGCUCAGUCAGUUUUCAACGUAGCCAAAACGAAUGCAGUCUAAAUCUUCCCUGUACUCCAUUAUACAGAGAUUCUGUUUCUCUUAUUUACUCUGACCCCACUGAUGUAAGGGGAGUGAAUGAAGACAACCGUCACACCACAGUACUGGUUGGGCAGCAGGUUGCACUGCUGAAUCAUUCUGCAUCUGUACACUGGAUAUAAAAUGUCAAUUAUGUAAAUGGGUAACCAGAGGGUGGGUGUGGCGGUUAAUUACCACUGAAGCACUGUGAAGGCGUUUUGUGUGCCAAUUAAAUGUGAUGAUAAGA